ACAACCUUGGAGAAACAGGCACACCCAUUGAGCGAGUGUCUGUCACCAAGGCGCUACAGCAGCCGACCUCAGCUGUGGCAGUGUAUUGGAGCUGAGUGGAGCAGACAGCAGCUUCGAUCGAGGAAUGAUGCCAGGAAGCCCAUAUCAUUCUGUAGUGUAUGUUCAAGGUCAGGUCAAAUCCCUCUGUACACUGGUAUGAUCGGCUCUGAGAACAUGGACAACAUUGACAACAUGGAGAAAGACUUUCACCAACUGACCCUGAAGAGGAGCACUAUACCUCCUUACACAGCUACAGCAUGCCGAGCCACCAUCCCUGGUUACACAGGCAAGGCUGCCUAUGCUAACUCUGUUGCUGCUGAUGCUGCAGUCUGCAGUCCUGCACAUGCCUCGGGGGCAGCUGAAGAGUCAGGGAGUCCUGUUGUCACCUGUGUGGCGCCCUUGUCCCGGAUGGUGACCACCACAACCCCCAACAACCCGUUCCUGAGACCUGCACUUCCUGUCUCAUACACAUACGCAAGGGGAGAUAUUAGACAAACUUGAUGAGAAGGUUUUG